GCCCCUCUCCGCCCCCCCGCCGGCGCCGCAGAGCCGCGGUCGGAGCGGGACGCGGGCGCGCGGCGGCGGGGGCGCGGGGCGGGCGCGCGCGGCGGCGGCGCGCAGACACAAGUAGUUUACAUUGUUGGGCGACUUUUGCAACAACUCGCCGCGCCGCGGCCUCCGCGCGCCGCCGCCGCCGCCGCCGCCGCCGGCUCCCCGCCGCCCGGGCCCGGGCCGGCCGCGCCGGGGGCCGCCGCGCUCGCCGCCCGCUGCUCGCGCCGCCGGCCGGGCAUGAGUUCUUUGGCAGCCAUGGACACCAAACAUUUCCUGCCUCUCGACUUCUCCACCCAGGUGAACUCCUCGUCUCUCAACUCCCCGACGGGGCGAGGCUCCAUGGCUGCCCCCUCACUGCAUCCCUCCCUGGGACCUGGCAUCGGCUCCUCGCUGGGCUCCCCAGGGCAGCUACACUCGCCCAUCAGCACCCUGAGCUCGCCUAUCAACGGCAUGGGCCCGCCCUUCUCAGUCAUCAGUUCUCCCAUGGGCCCCCAUUCCAUGUCAGUGCCCACCACACCCACCCUGGGCUACGGCACGGGCAGCCCCCAGCUCAGCUCGCCCAUGAACCCUGCCAGCAGCAGUGAGGACGUCAAGCCCCCGGUGGGCCUCAAUGGCGUUCUCAAGGUCCCCGCCCACCCCUCAGGAAACAUGGCGUCCUUCACCAAGCACAUCUGUGCCAUCUGCGGGGACCGCUCCUCAGGCAAGCACUACGGGGUGUACAGCUGCGAAGGCUGCAAGGGCUUCUUCAAGAGGACGGUGCGCAAGGACCUCACGUACACCUGCCGUGACAAUAAGGACUGCCUCAUCGACAAGCGGCAGCGAAACCGCUGCCAGUACUGCCGCUACCAGAAGUGCCUGGCCAUGGGCAUGAAGCGGGAAGCCGUGCAGGAGGAGCGGCAGCGUGGCAAGGAGCGGAGUGAGAACGAGGUGGAGUCCACGAGCAGUGCCAGCGAGGACAUGCCAGUGGAGAAGAUCCUCGAGGCCGAGCUGGCCGUCGAGCCCAAGACCGGGGCCUGCGUGGAGGCAAGCCCGGGGCUGCACCCCAGCUCGCCCAACGACCCUGUCACCAACAUUUGCCAGGCAGCCGACAAGCAGCUCUUCACCCUUGUUGAGUGGGCCAAGCGCAUCCCGCACUUCUCUGAGCUGCCCUUGGACGACCAGGUCAUCCUUCUACGGGCAGGCUGGAACGAGCUGCUCAUUGCCUCCUUCUCCCACCGGUCCAUAGCCGUGAAGGAUGGGAUCCUGCUCGCCACCGGGCUGCACGUCCACAGGAACAGCGCCCACAGCGCGGGAGUGGGCGCCAUCUUCGACAGGGUGCUGACAGAGCUCGUGUCCAAGAUGCGGGACAUGCAGAUGGACAAGACGGAGCUGGGCUGUCUGCGUGCCAUCGUCCUCUUCAACCCUGACUCCAAGGGGCUCUCGAACCCUGCUGAGGUAGAGGCGCUGAGGGAGAAGGUGUAUGCGUCCUUGGAGGCCUACUGCAAACACAAGUACCCUGAACAGCCAGGCAGGUUUGCCAAGCUCCUGCUCCGUUUGCCUGCUCUGCGCUCCAUUGGGCUCAAGUGCCUGGAACAUCUCUUCUUCUUCAAGCUCAUCGGGGACACACCCAUUGACACCUUCCUCAUGGAGAUGCUGGAAGCCCCACACCAAAUGACUUAGGCCCGCUGGCCCCUCUCCCACCCACCUGGUCUGGCCACCCUGCCUGGACACCAGCUGCUCUUCUCAGCCUGAGCCCUGUCCCUACCCUUCUCUGCCUGGCCUGCGUGGACCUGUGGGUGCAGCCUGUCACUGCUCUGACUGAGAUAACGCUGUCACCCUCCUCAUUCUAUUACAACUUGUCUUUGGCUCAGUGCAGUGGCCUUCCUGGGGCAGCAGCCAAGAGUGUCAAGAACUGGUGUAAGGCCUGCCACUACCCUGGGGCUCCUCAGGCCUGGCCCGGGGCUGCAGGUGCUGGGCAGGGAGGCUUAGCUUCGGUCGCUGUUAUCGUUGCUGGUCUUCAAACUCCCCGUGCAGCCCUCCUGUUGGGAGUGACCCAUCUCUGUUCACUCUGAUACUGGUGCCUGCCAGCCCAGGACAGCCCCUAGGGUCAGGAGGUGGGGACAGGUGGGGGCAGGCUGCUGUUUCAUUGCAGAAGCACCCUCCACCCUGGGAAGAGGAGAGGGGACUCUUGGGGCCAAUAGGCCUCCCUUUGCUCAGAGUGAAGGGGAGGAGCCUCUUUUUCCAAAGAUGACUCUCGAUUUCGCCCUCGAGCCAAUGAGAACAUGAUCUGACCUCUGUGCUGAGCUUUGGGCCCACCUGACAGCUAUAGGGACCAGAUCACCCAUGCGCCCACCUUGGUCUUCUCUGCCUUGUUCUGGUUUCAGAUUCUCCCUCCAUGUUCAACCUGGGAUGAUCAGACCUGGGUGCCCGGUGUCUCCCCUGCCCCCAGUCUCCUCUCUUGGUCUGCGAGGUGGGCCAAGCCUAGUCCUUGGUUCCUGGAGAGCUGGCCCUGUCUUGGGCAGGGUCAGGUGUGAUGGCCUCAGUCACCUUGUUGGAAGCACAUGGGCUCUGUGACAUGCCAUCCGGAAGCCCUGCAGGGGUGGGAGGGUGGAGGCUGUGGGUUGGCUUCCCUCCGAGGAGGCAGCAGGAAUGGACUAGUGGACGUUUGAACCAUGCAGGUGGGGGAGAUGCCGUGUGGAUCCCUGCUCGGGCCCCCUCUCCAGCUGGCUGGUUAUGUCUAGAAGACUCUCGGAAUUUGAGAACCACUGGGUCCUGUGUCCUUGGGCCCGGGGCUACAGGCCCUUUCGGGACCCCCGGCCCAGUGUUCUCUGUGGACAGUGUUGUUCACCCAGAGCCUUAUUUGGGAAGCUCAUCUCAUGCUCUGGUUGAGGGUGGCGGGCUGGGGCCUCCCUGGUUGAGCCCCUUCCAGCCCAGCACCCGUGCUGCACGCUCUGCGUGGGGCUUUCAUGGUGCAGGGGCGCUCUCAGGUUGAACUAGCCUCUUUUGCACUGGAAGGCCUCCCUUUGGCUUGAGUACUUCUCAUGCUCACGUCUUAGGCCCAUGGACCUUUGCCAGUAGCAGGUGCCUGAAUGAGGGAGGGGCGGUGGGGUGGAGGGGCUUUGAGGUGGGGGGGGGUCUUGUCUUCCCAGCAGCAGUCCUGGAGCAGAGGGAGUGGGCUGUCUUUUUCUAAACUCUCUUGCCUCAUCUGGAGCAGAGAAGUGGGAGUGCCCUUGGCAGGGGUUUCCUCAGUGGAGAGAUGGCAGGUGGGAGAGGGAGGUUCCCAGGGGGAAACUCAGGGUGGGGGAAGGGGAAGGAAGUGUCCAUUCUUUGCUUCCUGUAUUACCCAGCCAGAGCUGAGCUGAGGCACCUGGGCAGAAGCUGUCAGAGAUUCUAGAAACAUCUUCUCUCCACCCCUGCCUUUCAACGUUGUGGCUUUCAGGAGCCAUCCUCUGUCUCAUCUGCCUGAGGCAGAGGUGAUGCGCAGGCAAGCCUCAUACCUGUGCCAGGGCUCUGGCCAGCUGGCCCUCCCCACAGACUCUACCAGAAAGUCUCAGCAGCCUUUGUGUGAUGGUGACAGGACACAGGCAGCCUGGAGUCCUCUGUGGGAAGGCCAGAGACGGUCCACACUCAACGCAUGGUGCCUUCUGCAGCCAACACACCUUCAUUCACCUAGGCCCCUGCCAGGGCCCUCACAGUCCAUGGGGCCCAAAAGGGAAUGUGGGUGGCUCCAGAGGAGAAAGUCCAGGAGGACAGAGCCCUCUGUUGCAAGGGUCAGAUCCUUUUGGGGGAACUUUGUCAUUCCCAGCCCUGGCUGUUUGUCUGUAAAGCACUGAGGCCCCCAGGCCACCACCCCUAAACCAGAGCCCCGGACCCUCUGGUGCACGCAGCCUUACCCACCACCCCACAGUCUGGUCAGCUGUCUGUGAGCUUCCCGCCCACUCAAGGGUCUUGUCAUCGUUAUAGCACAUACAGUGCUGUCCUUAGAGGUGACGUGGGGAAAUGGCACAUUACCAGUAGAGAGGUAGAGUUUUUAUUUAACCAGACCUUUAGUAGUAUUACCAAUCUGGUUCAAUUAAGGUGAUUUUUUUUUGGUAAUUAUUAUUAUUAUUAUUUUGGUGGGACAAUCUUUAAUUUUCUAAAGAUAGCACUAACAUCAGCUUAUUAGCCACCGUGCCCGUCCCCACCUCAGCCUGACCGGAUGAUGUGGCUGCCACUUCCUGGGCCCCUGGGGCACAUUCCUUGGCUGGUCACCUCCCUUCUUUGAGGUCCAGGUGGGGCUCCUGUGGCCAAGGAGUGAAGAUACUUCAAAGCCAGGCUCCUGCUUGACCCAGUCCGGCAUCUCUGGGAAGCUGGCCUGCUAGGGACGCUCCACCUGCAGAGGGCUUGUGUCAGCUACCACCCUCCUCACCCUGGAAGCAUGCGGUCUCCGGGGCAGCAUUGCCCCACAUCCCUGGUUUUCCAAGUCACAGCGUUCCCCAAGGAUUCCAGGUUGGUGGCUUGGUGGCAAAGUGGUAGAGGUGACCUCCGGGCUCCCUCCCUGCAGGGUGCCCUGUGGGGUCCUGCCGGAACAUGUGGCCAGUGGGUCAUCAGCUGAUGUUAUCCCCAUCAUGGAAUUGGGGCACGUGUGACCUAGUGCCCAUCCCACACAGGUGUGUCGUGUAAACGUGUAUGUGCUGUACAGAGCCGCGUGUGGAGAGAGCCGCACACUGUCGCACUCAGGAGGUGCGAAGUGGUUACCAAUGUUUUGUGUUUAUUUUUAAUCAAGACUUUUCCCUUGUUUUCCUAUAAAUUUGCUUCAUGUAAGCAAGUGCAUAAGGACCCCUCCUUUGGUGAAAUCAGGUUCAGAUGAAUAUCUCAAGGCAAGGAGGUGCAUCUAUUUUAAGAUGCUUUGGAGCAGACAGCUCCCACCGCUCCCACCUAGCAAAGGCCUUAGCGGGGACGCGUAGCUAAUACUUUAGAGAGGACGACAGAUCCACAAAGAGUAAAGAGAAGAGAAAAUGUCUAAAGCAUCGGGAAAGGUUAAAAAAAAUCUAUUUUUGUACAAAUGUAAUUUUAUCCUUCAUGUAUACUUGGGUAUGGUGGGGGGAGGGCUGGGGCGUGUUUGUUUCUGCUUCUAGAGAUGGAGGCGAAGCUUCCUCAGCGAGACGCAGGGACGUGGGGACUGUGAGGAGAGGUUCUCGCGGGGAGUCGAGGCUUUGUGUGAAAACGCUGCCCCCGUGGGUAGUUCUUCCUUUGGGGCAGGAGGGUGGGCCUGAGGCUAUCAAGGGUUUCCUUCCCCUUUCGAGUAAUGUUAAAACCUCGCUCUGUUCCGUCCCCAUUACCGGCCGGCCUUCCUGCGACUGUUUGUGAAAUUGCUUCCCUGCAUAAUUGUUCUCUGCAACAUCACGGCACAGAUGCCAGGGUUUGGCGAACAAUGGUGUUGGAAUUGUGGAAAAGAAACAGUGAGAAAAACGUGAGAGGAGAAACAAAAUACGAGCGUUUAAAAAUACAUCGCCAUUUAGUUCUCGUU